CCCUCUCACUCCAGUCCCUCCCACUCCAGUCCCUCCCACUCCAGUCCCUCCCUCUCCAGCCCCUCCCACCCCAGUCCCUCUCACUCCAGUCCCUCCCACUCCAGUCCAUCCCACUCCAGUCCCUCUCACUCCAGUCCCUCCCACUCCAGUCCCUCCCACUCCAGUCCCUCCCUCUCCAGUCCCUCUCACUCCAGUCCCUCCCACUCCAGUCCCUCUCACUCCAGUCCCUCCCACUCCAGUCCCUCCCACUCCAGUCCCUCUCACUCCAGUCCAUCCCACUCCAGUCUAUCCCACUCCAGCCCCUCCCACUCCAGUCCCUCCCACCCCAGUCCCUCCCACUCCAGUCCCUCCCACUCCAGUCCCUCCCACUCCAGUCCCUCCCACUCCAGUCCCUCCCACUCCAGUCCCUCCCACUCCAGUCCCUCUCACUCCAGUCCAUCCCACUCCAGUCCAUCCCACUCCAGUCCAUCCCACUCCAGUCCCUCUCACUCCAGUCCAUCCCACUCCAGUCCAUCCCACUCCAGUCCAUCCCACUCCAGUCCAUCCCACUCCAGUCCAUCCCACUCCAGUCCAUCCCACUCCAGUCCAUCCCACUCCAGUCCCUCUCACUCCAGUCCAUCCCACUCCAGUCCAUCCCACUCCAGUCCAUCCCACUCCAGUCCAUCCCAGUCCAGUCCCUCCCACUACAGUCCCUCCCAAUCCAGCCUCUCCCUCUCCAGCCCCUCCCACUCCAGUCCCUCUAACUCCAGUCCCUCCCACUCCAGUCCCUCCCACUCCAGUCCAUCCCACUCCAGUCCAUCCCACUCCAGUCCAUCCCACUCCAGUCCAUCCCACUCCAGUCCAUCCCACUCCAGUCCAUCCCACUCCAGUCCCUCUCACUCCAGUCCAUCCCACUCCAGUCCAUCCCACUCCAGUCCAUCCCAGUCCAGUCCCUCCCACUACAGUCCCUCCCAAUCCAGCCUCUCCCUCUCCAGCCCCUCCCACUCCAGCCCCUCUCACUCCAGUCCCUCCCACUCCAGUCCAUCCCACUCCAGUCCAUCCCACUCCAGUCCAUCCCACUCCAGUCCAUCCCACUCCAGUCCCUCUCACUCCAGUCCAUCCCACUCCAGUCCAUCCCACUCCAGUCCCUCCCAAUCCAGCCUCUCCCUCUCCAGCCCCUCCCACUGCAGUCCCUCUCACUCCAGUCCCUCUCACUCCAGCCCCCCCCACUCCAGCCCCUCCCUCUCCAGCCCCUCCCACCCCAGUCCCUCUCACUCCAGUCCCUCCCACUCCAGUCCCUCUCACUCCAGUCCUUCCCACUCUAUCCUCUCCCACUCCAGUCCCUCUCACUCCAGUCCCUCCCACUCUAUCCUCUCCCACUCCAGUCCAUCCCACUCCAGUCCAUCCCACUCCAGUCCCUCCCAAUCCAGCCUCUCCCUCUCCAGCCCCUCCCACUCCAGUCCCUCUCACUCUAGUCCCUCUCACUCCAGCCCCCCCCACUCCAGCCCCUCCCUCUCCAGUCCCUCCCACUCCAGUCCCUCUCACUCCAGUCCCUCCCACUCUAUCCUCUCCCACUCCAGUCCCUCUCACUCCAGUCCCUCCCACUCUAUCCUCUCCCACUCCAGUCCCUCUCACUCCAGUCCCUCCCACUCUAUCCUCUCCCACUCCAGCCCCUCCCACCACAGUCCCUCUCACUCCAGUCCCUCCCACCCCAGUCCCUCUCACUCCAGUCCCUUCCACUCCAGUCCCUCUCACUCCAGUCCCUCCCACUCCAGUCCCUCCCACUCCAGUCCCUCUCACUCCAGCCCCUCCCACCCCAGUCCCUCUCACUCGAGCCCCUCCCACCCCAGUCCCUCUCACUCCAGCCCCUCCCACCCCAGUCCCUCCCACUCUAUCCUCUCCCACUCCAGUCCCUCCCACUCCAGCCCCUCCCUCUCCAGCCCCUCCCCCCCAGUCCCUCUCACUCCAGUCCCUCCCACUCCAGUCCCUCCCACUCUAUCCUCUCCCACUCCAGUCCCUCCCACUCCAGCCCCUCCCUCUCCAGCCCCUCCCACCCCAGUCCCUCUCACUCCAGCCCCUCCCACCCCAGUCACUCUCACUCCAGCCCCUCCUACCCCAGUCCCUCCCACUCCAGCCUCUCCCACUCCAGUCCCUCUCACUCCAGCCCCUCCCACCCCAGUCCCUCUCACUCCAGCUCCUCCCACUCCAGCCUCUCCCACUCCAGUCCCUCUCACUCCAGCUCCUCCCACCCCAGUCCCUCCCACCCCAGUCCCUCCCACUCCAGCUCCUCCCACUUCAGCCUCUCCCACUCCAGUCCCUCCCACCCCAGUCCCUCCCACUCCAGUUCCUCCCACUCCAGCCUCUCCCACUCCAGUCCCUCCCACCCCAGUCCCUCCCACUCUAGUUCCUACCAUUUCAUCCCCUCCAAUUCCAACCCACUUUCACUCCAGCCCCUCCCACUCCAGUCUCUCUUACUCCAGCCCCUCCUCUCUCCCUCCUUCGACGGGCCCAAACCGCCGAAACAGCUGCACCAGCAACAAACACCUGGCAACCCGCACACCUGUCUCCCGAAAUCACGAAAGGACAGGUAAGUAUGGUCUGGCCAGUGUCCUAGGCCCAACACGCUUGGUGAUAACACAAGGAGUUAAUGGCAUCAGAUCCUUAAUGGUGUUUGAUUACAGGUCUCAUACUCUCACCAAAACUUUGGUCUUGCCUUGUCUUCCCCCCAACAUCCGCGCCCUUAUCGCAGAGACCAUCUCGCUACCGCUCACAGGAGCCCCCCUGCAGCCACACCACCCCCGCGGCGUAAUCGGGUCGACGAAGAACAAUUAAUCAAUAUUAUCCAUUACUAGGACGAUCAUCGUGGGUCAGACUCGCGAACAAGCCAUAAAACGGCAGAGAACAGGUAGUGGUGAUAUAUGCGCCGAGGAGCUCCCUGCGCCCACUGCGCAGACACAGGCCCGCGCGCCGGGGGCCUCUUGUGGCGCUGAUCUACGGCCUCUACAUUAA